AUGGGAUUUCAGGUCAGGUGACACUAUGGGUGAAUAAUUCAUUACGGCCCGUUUCAGCUCUUUCCCUACAAAGCCACACACACACACACACACAACCCCCCUAUUGAGAUCGUAGUCUAUCUAAAGGGCUCGAUUGAUUAUGGAUUCAGUUGUGCCUCCGCUGACAUAACAAUCUGGGAGAGGAUAACGGGAAGAUAAACGGCUGAUUGUGUAGCAGUAUGAUGUCUAUCCUAGUGUGCAGGAAUAGAAUGUCUUGAUGUUAAUACAGUAGAGUGAAGGCAGACUGAAGUGGCGUGUCUCUCAGCCUCGGUUGUGCAGGGGCUGUGUGUUGCCUGCCACAGGGGUGCUGGAACAUCUGCUUUGGGCCCAUUAGUAAGACACACAAUGUUUCAGUGGCAAGCUAAAGCAUUCAGCGCACGUGGGACCAUCCCUCUUAUGUAAUAAAUCCAUGGACACACAGCUGGGCUGGGCUGGCUGCACAGCCUGAUAGUCCAUCUGUCUACUGGUGCAGAGGGUUGGAGUGUUCAUAACAACAACAACACGAGUUCCCACUUCAUCUGAUUAGAGUAGUGUGGAAAUCCCUCAUGAGUUGUGAGGAAACUAAGGAUGGGCAUGGUUAAUCAAAUAUCUAGAGAUCCGAAUGGAGGUUAAUAUUCGAUUACUUGAGUGAGUGUUUAUUUUUGGAGGCCUAUUGUAACAAUGAAAAAGCUUUGUCUAAAUUAAAUUAUCCUUGUGACAUUUUUACCUACAAGGAUAUAUCAUGACAUUUGAAAUUCUUAAUUUAAUAAAACAAAUCAUUUUUUAAUGUACCUGCAGUUCUUAUAACGGUGCGUUGAGCUACUGCUGCACAUUUAGCCAUCAAAGGCUGCCCUGACAUCAGUAUAUUAUUUCCCCCACUUGAAAUAACAAUUACUGGUGCUCACCUAACGGAGUUUCCACAAUACCUGACAUAGAUCAAUGCAAAACUCUCACCAGAAAAUGUUUUUGUAACAGAAUCAGUUCUAUCAUGGUGAAAAACAGACUUCUCUUUAGCUGUUGUUGCUGUUAGCCAAACUACCGGAGAAAAGCAACAUGUUGGCUGUUUACCUCCGGCAUGGACAUUUGCGUCGUUCUGAUUGGUCAAAUUAAUAGUGGUAUUUUAAAACAAAAACAAAACAUAGAAUUUAGACUAUCCUGAUGCCUCAUGAUAUUAUUCAAAUAGUCAAAUUAUUUCAAAUGCCCAUCCCUAGAGGAAACAAUUCCACUCUUCCUUUUUGUUUCAUUUCCCAUGUGCUGCCUGUCUUUAUCUGAUAUGUUAAUGUGAGGAUAAGACAUGAGCGAUGUUCGGCAUAUAGCCUCCAGUACAGCAUGUACAAAACCUGUUAUACUUAAUGGAGUGUCAUUUUUUCCAAGUUCGUGUCUGAAUUCAGGAAAUAAACUGAAUGACUCUUGUCCCAGUGCAAUAAUUCAGAAGGUGUUAAUAAUGUGCAUUGAAAGAGGUGUUUUUGCUAUUGGAGAUUCAUGGAAGCUCUUGCUGUGUGUUGCAGCUGUUACGAGAACUGAAACACCCCAACGUGAUCGCCCUGCAGAAAGUGUUCCUGUCUCACAGUGACAGAAAGGUGUGGCUCCUCUUUGACUAUGCUGAGCAUGACCUCUGGGUAAGUGUUUCAUCACAACUGCCAGUCAGAAGACCAGUCUUUGGUUUUUGUUUGGAUGUUUCAUCAACCUGCUCUUUUAGUUGUUUCAUCUUUGUUCUUGACGUUUUCCUGUCUGUAAAGAACCGAGUAUGUUACAUGAUGUACUGGUAUGUAUGUAUGUUGUGGAAACUAGCUGUUUGAGUCCCUUGCUUGAUCAGUUUCUCAAUGCCACUCCCUCUGGUCUCCUUUAAGCACAUCAUCAAGUUCCACCGUGCCUCCAAGGCCAAUAAGAAGCCUAUGCAGCUGCCGAGAGGCAUGGUCAAGUCUCUCCUGUAUCAGAUUCUGGACGGGAUCCAUUACCUUCAUGCCAACUGGGUGCUUCACAGGGAUCUGGUGAGUCGAUUGUAGUUUCAGUGUCCCUUUACAAUGUUGCUACACAUGCUCACUGACACCUCAUCCACUGAUCUGUCCUUUUCCUAUUGGUCACUGAUCUGAACUGCUUUUAACCAACAGGGUGCAUGCAAAUAAGUCACUUGUUUGCAUAUCUAGAAGCAGCAACGAGUGGUGUUCACUGCAAAAAGGAUCAUUAAAGCAACCCUCUUGCCAGCUAACUGAAUCCUGUGUUGUCUGGCACAGGUGCUGUUAUAUCCUUGUACAGUUUAUUAUUAUGAUUCUAAGGCCCUUGGCUGUGGAGCAAAGUGUCUUGGCUUGGUGAAUGUUGUCAAUUCUGCCCCCCUACCCUCACCACCGCCACCACCCAGCCUGUACUCUAGUACCCCUGUGAGACUUUCUCCCCCACACUGUUCCCACAGUGUUUUCCUGGAAAGCCGGACUGUUCACCUGACUCUGCUGGGCUCAUUGUAGCGGAAGGUCAGCCCUGGGCCCAGUUGGAACGAGGUCACAGGGUUGUUCUCUCUCUUUCUCGCACAUUCUCUUAUCUGGCUGUGGAAACCUCCUCUCCUCACGGCCCCUCUCAACACCGGACCUCUCUCUCUCAUCUCUUUCUGCAGUUUCUUUGAGAAAGAAGCUUUUAUUUUGCUUGAGAAGCUUUUUUUUUGUCUUCUGAUUGUCCGAAACUCAACUGAUUAUGGUGCAACUUGGUCUUUCCAUGAUAUGGGCUAUAUUACAGUGGCACAACACAUUGGGCUGGGAAUUUCCAGGGACCUCACGAUACAAUAUUAUCACGAUACUUAGGUGCCAAUACGAUAUUUAUUGUGAUUCUCACGAUUCUCACAAUUUUAUAUGUAUUUGUAUUUGUAUUUUUGUAUUUAUUAUGGAUCCCCAAGGCAGCAGCUACUCUUCCUUGGGUCUAGCAAAAUUAAGGCGGUUCAUACAAUUUUUAAAAACAUUACAAUACAUUCACAGAUUUCACAACACACUGUGUGCCCUCAUGCCCCUACUCCACCACUACCACAUAUCUACAGUACAAAAAUCCAUGUGUACGUGUGUGUAUAGUGCGUAUGUUAUUGUGUGUGUGUGUAUGCAUGUGUCUGCGCCUAUGUUUGUAUUGCUUCACAGUCUCCGCUGUUCCAUAAGGUGUUUUUUUAAAUCUUUUUUUGUUUAGUUUUUUUUAAAUCUAAUUUUGUGCGCCAAUAGCUCAAACAGACAGCUCGGUGCACCCAACAUGUCAACACAAGUAGUGAUGAAGUCAAUCUCUCCUCCACUUUGAGCCAGGAGAGAUCGACAUGCAUAUUAGUAAUAUUAGCUCUCUGUGUACAUCCAAGGGCCAGCCGUGCUGCCCUGUUCUGAGCCAAUUGCAAUUUUCCUAAGUUUUUUGUGGCACCUGGCCACAUGACUGAACAGUAGUCCAGGUGUGACAAAACUAGGGCCUGUAGGACCUGCCUUGUUGAUAGUGCUGUUAAGAAGGUAGAGCAGCGCUUUAUUAUGGACAUACUUCUCCCCAUCUUAGCUACAGUUGUAUCAAUAUGUUUUGACCAUGACAGUUUACAAUCCAGGGUUACUCCAAGCAGUUUAGUCACCUCCACUUGCUCAAUUUCCACAUUAUUUAUUACAAGAUUUAGUUGAGGUUUAGGUUUUAGUGAAUGAUUGGUACCAAAUACAAUGCUUUUAGUUUUUGAAAUAUUUAGGACUAACUUAUUCCUUGCCACCCACUCUGAAACUAACUGCAACUCUUUGUUAAGUGUUGCAGUCAUUUCAGUCGCUGUAGUAGCUGACAUGUAUAGUGUUGAGUCAUCCGCAUACAUAGACACUCUGGCUUUACACAAAGCCAGUGGCAUGUCGUUAGUAAAGAUAUACUUUUUUUUGGAGAGGCUUCCAUUAAAAGAACACCCUCUGUGUUCUAUUAGACAGGUAACUCUGUAUCCACAAUAUAGCAGGUGGAGUAAAGCCAUAACACAUACGUUUAUUCCAGCAGCAGACUGUGAUCGAUAAUGUCAAAAGCUGCACUGAAGUCUAACAAAACAGCCCCCACAAUCUUUUUUAUCAUCAAUUUCUCUUAGCCAAUCAUCAGUCAUUUGUGUAAGUGCUGUGCUUGUUGAAUGUCCUUCUCUAUAAGCAUGCUGUGAUGGGUGAUUUGAAGGAGUCAUGCGCAGGAGGGUAAAUCACAGAAUAACAGGAUUUAUUCCGGAAUACAGAGUUACGCAGUAAAGCGUCAAAACAGUCCAGUGCGCCUGAACCAACAAGGCACACAGGGAAAUAACCCGGCGAUACAAAAUACAAGGAGCUCAACCGAGCUUCACUAUCCUCACAAUAAACAAUCACACACAAAGACAAGGGGGCAGAGGGAACACUUAUACAGGUACUGAUGAGGGGAUAUGAACCAGGUGUGUGUAAUAAACAAGACAAAACAAAUGGAAUGAUGAGAUGAGGAGCGGCAGUGGCUAGAAGGCCGGUGACGACGAACGCCGAAGCCUGCCCGAACCAGGAGAGGAGGCAGCAUCGGAGGAAGUCAUACAGUGCCCCCCCCCCCCCCACUUUGAACGGCCCUUUCAAACUCAGCUUCCGGCAGGACAGGCGAAGGGGCAGAUUCCGGGUCGAGAGCCAGACCCGAUCACCCGGUACAAAAACCGGGACAUCACUGCAGUGGCGGUCAGCGUUGGCCUUCUGACGACACACAGCGUCGUGGUUUCCAUCGUGGUUGCACCAACGGAAACACCUAGACACCUACCCUGACACUCUCGCGACCACCCCGUGAAAACCCUCUGUGGCCAUGAAAAGGUGGGGUUGUGGAGUGCUAACCAGGGAAGACCUAACACAACAGGGAAAUCAGGAGACUCAAUAAUAAAAAAAAGUGACUUGCACUCGAUGAGUCUCGUGCGUAACCAUAGUGACUGGUGCUGUAACCUCCCUAACGAACCCGGACCUUAAUGGUCGACUGUCAAGUGCUCUGAUGGGGAGUGGAAUGGAUAGGGGAACCAAUAUAAUGCCUAGACUAUGUGAAAAUGACCUCUCCAUAAAGUUCCCAGCUUCUCCUGAAUCGACCAGCGCCUUACACUGGGGAGCUACAAUGUAAUCAGGAAAGUGGAUGGGUAGGGUACUGUGCGCAGCAGAGGGCUCUGAACGAGUGUGGGUGUUCGAUACCUGGGGUGAAGCAUGCUGUGAUGGGUGAUUUGAAGGAGUCAGGCGCAGGAGGGUAAAUCACAGAAUAACAGGAUUUAUUCCGGAAUACAUACAGUGGGGAAAAAAAGUAUUUAGUCAGCCACCAAUUGUGCAUGUUCUCCCACUUAAAAAGAUGAGAGAGGCCUGUAAUUUUCAUCAUAGGUACACGUCAACUAUGACAGACAAACUGAGGAUUUUUUUUCCAGAAAAUCACAUUGUAGGAUUUUUUAUGAAUUUAUUUGCAAAUUAUGAUGGAAAAUAAGCAUUUGGUCACCUAAAACAAGCAAGAUUUCUGGCUCUCACAGACCUGUAACUUCUUCUUUAAGAGGCUCCUCUGUCCUCCACUCAUUACCUGUAUUAAUGGCACCUGUUUGAACUUGUUAUCAGUAUAAAAGAGACCUGUCCACAACCUCAAACAGUCACACUCCAAACUCCACUAUGGCCAAGACCAAAGAGCUGUCAAAGGACACCAGAAACAAAAUUGUAGACCUGCACCAGGCUGGGAAGACUGAAUCUGCAAUAGGUAAGCAGCUUGGUUUGAAGAAAUCAACUGUGGGAGCAAUUAUUAGGAAAUGGAAGACAUACAAGACCACUGAUAAUCUCCCUCGAUCUGGGGCUCCACGCAAGAUCUCACCCCGUGGGGUCAAAAUGAUCACAAGAACGGUGAGCAAAAAUCCCAGAACCACACGGGGGGACCUAGUGAAUGAACUGCAGAGAGCUGGGACCAAAGUAACUGUCAGAAGAACCGAUGUGGAUGUGGUGGAGGAGUCAGGCGCAGGACACAGAGGAUUCGUCCAAAAUACUUUACUAGUCCAAAGUGCAACAAAACAAUACACGACCUCGAAAACAAACGGAGGCGCGGGAAUUACGCAAACAUGCGUAAAACAAUAAACAAAACUAACAGAGCGCAAACACGCAGCUCCGCACGACAGGCAAACAACAACACACAAUCUAACCAAUACAAAACAGGGAACUUAAUGGACACAUAAUCAGAACACAAACAGAUACAGGUGUACAAGACAGACCAAAGCAAUCACACCACGAAACAUACAACGGUGGCAGCUAGUACUCCGGGGACGGCGAACGCCGAAGCCUGCCCGAACCAGGAGGAGGAGCAGUCUCGGCCGAAACCGUGACAGUAACAAAGCCUACCAUCAGUAACAUUUUUUACAUUUACAUUUUAGUCAUUUAGCAGACGCUCUUAUCCAGAGCGAUUUACAUGAGCAAUUAGGGUUAAGUGCCUUGCUUAAGGGCACAUCGACAGAUUUUUCACCUAGUCGGCUCGGGGAUUAGAACCAGCGACCUUUCGGUUACUGGCACAACGCUCUUACCCACUAAGCUAACACACUACGCCGCCAGGGACUCAAAUCCUGCAGUGCCAGACGUGUCCCCCUGCUUAAGCCAGUACAUGUCCAGGCCCGUCUGAAGUUUGCUAGAGUGCAUUUGGAUGAUCCAGAAGAGGAUUGGGAGAAUGUCAUAUGAUCAGAUGAAACCAAAAUAGAACUUUUUGGUAAAAACUCAACUCGUCGUGUUUGGAGGACAAAGAAUGCUGAGUUGCAUCCAAAGAACACCAUACCUACUGUGAAGCAUGGGGGUGGAAACAUCAUGCUUUGGGGCUGUUUUUCUGCAAAGGGACCAGGACGACUGAUCCGUGUAAAGGAAAGAAUGAAUGGGGCCAUGUAUCGUGAGAUUUUGAGUGAAAACCUCCUUCCAUCAGCAAGGGCAUUGAAGAUGAAACGUGGCUGGGUCUUUCAGCAUGACAAUGAUCCCAAACACACCGCCUGGGCAACGAAGGAGUGGCUUCGUAAGAAGCAUUUCAAGGUCCUGGAGUGGCCUAGCCAGUCUCCAGAUCUCAACCCCAUAGAAAAUCUUUGGAGGGAGUUGAAAGUCCAUGUUGCCCAGCGACAGCCCCAAAACAUCACUGCUCUAGAGGAGAUCUGCAUGGAGGAAUGGGCCAAAAUACCAGCAACAGUGUGUGAAAACCUUGUGAAGACUUACAGAAAACGUUUGACCUGUGUCAUUGCCAACAAAGGGUAUAUAACAAAGUAUUGAGAAACUUUUGUUAUUGACCAAAUACUUAUUUUCCACCAUAAUUUGCAAAUAAAUUCAUAAAAAAUCCUACAAUGUGAUUUUCUGGAAUGUAUUUUCUCAUUUUGUCUGUCAUAGUUGACGUGUACCUAUGAUGAAAAUUACAGGCCUCUCUCAUCUUUUUAAGUGGGAGAACUUGCACAAUUGGUGGCUAACUAAACGGAUGGAGCAUUCAUCAACCAGUACGGCAUCACCAGGUAUUCGUAAUGCCCCGUGGUUGUGCUGAAUGCUGUCUUCCAUUCGUCCCCCUCUCAGACACGCACUCCAGAGAAUAACUAUAACGUAUUGUCCCCUUGUUCAAUGCUCGGUAAUCAGUGGUAUUCGGGGGGGAUGCGCACGGUGGUGGAAGUGUCUGAACUUUCCACCGUGAUUGCACCAACGGAAACACCUAGACACAUACCCUGAGGUGGGGUUGUGUAGUGCAAACCAGGGAAGACCCAACACAACAGGGAAAUCGGGGGACAAAAUAAUACAAAAUGUGACGUGCUCUCUAUGGGUCCUUUGGGUAACCAUCGUGACUGGUGCUGUAACAUCCCUACAAUUUUUCAAUUCCACAUCAAUCCACAGGGAUUUAACAGUUUUUACAGUCAUUUUCUUAAUGGGUGCAUACUUAUUAGUAACUGGAAUAAGCAAUUUCAUAAAUGUGUCAAGUGCAGUGUGUGUUUGCUCCUCAUUACACACCACGGACCAACAUAUAUUCUUUACAUCAACAACAUAGGAAUCACUGCAAAACUUAUUGUAUGAUCUCUUAUACACAAUAUUAGGCUCAGCCUUUGGAACUUUGGUUUUCCUAGAUAUGGCUACUAUAUUGUGAUCACUACAUCCAAUGGAUUUGGAUACUGCUUUCAAACAAAUCUCUGCAGCAUUAGUAAAGAUAUGAUCAAUACAUGUAUUGCAAUUCGAUACUCUGAUUUUAUUGCCAUUCGAUGUUCCAGACAUAUUGUUCACCAAAUAUCUGCUACAGAAGGACAACAGAGAGCCAUGAGAAUGAGUUUUGAUCAGUCAUGGAAAUAAAAGUGCUGAAAACAAAUUGGCUCCCUAUUUACAAAGAAGAUGGAGAACAAGCAAUACCUUUACCAAAAUACUGGAGUUUUGGUGCAGAUACAGCCAACUAGCGCAAAAAAUAUAUUGCGGGCAUCCCGAGUGGCGCAGCGGUCACUACAGACCCGGGUUUGAUCCCAGGCUGUUUCACAGCUGGCCGUGAUCGGGGGACCCAUGAGGCGGCGCACAAUUGGCCCAGCAUCGUCUGGGUUAGGGGAGGGUUUGGUCGGCCGGGAUUUCCUUGUCCCAUCGCGCUCUAGCGACUCCUUGUGGCGGGCCGGGCGCCUGCAAACUGACUUCGGUCGCCAGCUGGACAGUGUUUCCUCCGACACAUUGGUGCGGCUGGCUUCCGGUUUAAGCGAGCAGUGUGUCAAGAAGCAGUGCGGCUUGGCAGGGUCGUGUUUCGGAGGACGCAUGGCUCUCGACCUUUGCCUCUCCCGAGUCCGUAGGGGAGUUGCAGCGAUGGGACAAGACUGUAACUACCAAUUGGAUAUCAUGAAAUUGGGGAGAAAAAGGGGUAAAAGUACAAAAAUUUAAAAGAGAAAUAUUGCGAUAUUGUCAAAACGAUACGAUAUAUCGUAAAAAAUAAUAUCCCGAUAUGUAACUGUAUUGAUUUUUACCCCAUCACUAAUAAUACUAUAUAACAGAGGCAUAACACUUACCAACUAGCUUAUGGAUAGACAAUAGUUUGUGUCAUGCCAGCCAGUGUGAAGUCAGUUGCUAUUAGCAGACACCAGCUGUGUCAUUAUAUUGACAUUCUUCAAGCAGUAAACACAGGGGAUGAUUGCAAUGAGUAGAAGACUUGCAAAGAUAUGUUCCUGAUAACACACUCGUCAAAGAGGGACAGGUUUUUUAAAACAUAUAAAAAUACACCUUAUGGAACAGCGAGGACUGUGAAGAGUCAAACAGAAACACACACAUACAAACAUACAUAACAUACACUCUACACACACACGUACACCUGGAUUGUGUGUGGUAGUAGAGUAGUGGCCUGAGGGCACACACUUAAUGUGUUGUGAAAUCUGUUGUAAAAUGUAUUUUAAUGUUUAAAAAUGUUAUUAUAAUGUAUAUUACUGCCUUAAUUUUUGCUGGACCACAGGAAGAGUAGCUGCUGCCAUAACAAAUACAAAUAAUAAAUACAAAUGUCCAUGGGUGGAUGAAUGGGUAGUAGAGAAUCUAAUCUAUUCUAACUCAUUGGUGCCCAGAUGUUUGGUGUUUACUCCCAGCACACUAAUUGAGUCAGCACACUCCAGAGCAUAAGUCAGUCAGUUGAUGUGACUUCCGUUCCGUCACUGGAGACUAAGGCAGAGUAGAAUGAAUCUGCAAGUCCCACAGCUCCAGGGUUCUUAUCAGGCCUUCAUCAGGCCAUCCCCUCUCGUGUAAUCUCUCUCAGCUCUCCCAGAUGGCAGCAUGGUGCGAUGAGGACCAACGCUAA